ACUCUAGCGAUCAACAGACCAUUACACGUGAAAGUGAGCGUGAUUUGCGGCUUGGCUUUUCUGCGCAUGAUCUGUGAAUAAAGGCAUUGGCAAUACCUGUAUGAAACACAUUGUCUCUGUGUUUCGUGUUGUAGCGCUCAUACCGGCAGGGGAAUACGAGAAAGAAAACACUGUUGUGUUUAAAACAAUUUUCAAACUCCCGUGAAGGUUGGUUUGUUUUUUUAAAGAGAAAGGCGGAAGAGAGCGGAAUGAUCUGCCAACGAAAGAAAGCGCGCGACUACUGGAUUCAGCACUCUGGACAGCUCCGUACGACAGCUGAGGUGACGAGACUUGUUGGAAUAUUAUAUUUUUAACCGAAGAAUUUAAAAGUAUUGAGGAUGUACGUCCAAGGACCAUGCAGGGGAUGAUGUACAGAUUUAUAAAAGCAGAUAUUUUGCGCUGGUGAAACUUUGGCUCGAGAAAUGGACUUAGUGAAAUCCUUUUUGGCGUUGUUUAUUAUUUUGGUGGCGAUUGUCUCUCUGUUGUCGAAUCUGCUGGUGUUAUUAUGUUUUAUGUGCAGCGCCGAGAUACGUCGGCAGGUGCCUGGCGUAUUUAUACUGAACCUCUCUUUUUGCAAUAUACUCAUCACAAUUUUGAACAUGCCGUCCACAUUGUUUGGAGUUAUCAAAAACCAAAAGCCUUUCGGAGACUGCGUCUGUCAGACUGUAAGCUUUCUAGAGACUUUUUUGACUACCAACACAAUGCUGAGCAUGGCAGCGCUUAGCAUAGAUAGAUGGAUCGCCGUAGUGUUUCCACUGACUUACUCCACUAAGAUGCGAUACAAGGACGCUAUGAUCAUGGUUUUCUAUUCUUGGCUCCAUUCUCUCACGUUUUCCCUCAUCGCGCUCCUUUUGUCCUGGUACGACUACAGUCACGUUUACGCGUCCUGCACUUUACAUUUAAGCGAAGACCGCGGCAGGACGAAGUUCGCGGUGUUCACUGUCGUGUUCCAUGCCACGAGCUUCGCCCUCUCCCUCCUGACGCUGUGCUUUACCUACUCCAAGGUCUUAAAAGUCGCGCGGUUCCACUGCAAGAGGAUAGACAUCAUAACCGUGCAGACCCUGCUUCUGCUGGUUGACAUUCACCCAAGCGUAAAACAACGGUGUCUUAUGGAACAGAAGAGACGGAAACGCCGUGCCACGAAGAAAAUAUGCAUUUUCAUCGGAUCAUUCAUUUUCUGUUUUGCACCUUAUGUUAUAACGAGGCUCGCCGAGCUCCUGCCUGUCGUGCGCGUCAGCCCGCAGUGGGGGAUCGCCAGCAAAUGUCUGGCAUACGGAAAGCCGGCGUCCGACCCCUUCGUCUACUCCCUCCUUCGGCAGCAGUACAAGAACGCCCUGGUCAACAUGGUCAACAAACUGCUGAGGAGGGACCUCUACCCUUCUUCUGGACACAGUAAUUCCCUGGACACAGAGAACGACUGCAGCUUGCAGAGAAUCAGCUAACUGAGACUGCGCGUGGGCAGACCUUGCCACGGCCUUCCAGCGCGAGGGACAGAACGGUUGUAGAGGAUGUGCCUGGCCACGUGCAUGUGCACAGCUGUUUAACAGACACCUAGAGUGGCUCUAUGAGAGAGAGAGAGAGAGAGAGAGAGAGAGAGUCUGGGACUCGAGUCAAAGCUCUUACAAUUCAACCUUGCAGGGUCAGAUUCCAUGUUCCCCCAGAGUAUCUGAGAUUAAUUUCGCGUUAUUAAAAAUGUUAAUUUGAAACGAGUGCUGGAAGGCAAACGGCUUGUAUUGUCAAACAGGUCUCAUUUAAAAGAGUGAAAACAUGCAAAUGUUUAUCUCUUUUUCCAGUUUUUUUUAUUUAUUUCAAAUCAAAUCAAAUCCAUUUAUUUUGUAUAGUGCUUUAUUUUUACAGAAAACUGCCAUGAAGAUGCUUUACAGAGAGCAGCAGGAUAACUGGUCAGAAUCCAGGCUUGUACCCCCUAAAAACCAAGAAGGUGUGAGGUUUAAAAAAUCCCAAUUUGGGAGAUAAACACUUAAAACGGUAGUGAGAGAAACAGCACAAAGAGAAGAAAUCUCGGUAGGAACUUGUCUACCAAGGGAGAGCCAUCCUCUGCUUGGCUGGGCCCGUGUAAUUUGUUUGCUUAUUACUUGAAAUAUGAUUGUCGGUAUUGUUUGUCAUAUUUCAAAUGAAUCUUGCUGUGUGAAUUUAAAUUAGAUUCUGUAUUUGACAAAUAUGUAUCAUUCCCUAUCAAUUAAUUGGGUAAAAACUGCAAGAUGGUCAGAGAAUGACCUCACUGGCUUGAUAGAAGAGUUUAUUCUGAGCUGGAAAAUGGCUUACCGGCUACAAAAAAAAAAAAAAAAAACGUAUUCAAAGCAAAUGUUUUUUUUAUCUGUCAGGAAGCAUUUUUCCUGCUUUCAUUUUGGAAAUCACAACAUACAUGGCCUUUGAAGAUGACCACGCACAGUACGCAUUGCAGGCUUGCAUUUAACUGAAGAGGAGCCGGAUUGCUGCCUGUAUGUAGGCAUUGGUGAUGAAAUGCAUUCCGGAACUGUCAGGACAGCAAAAGGCCAGAGGGAUUCUAUAACCAGGAAUCUCCCACACACAUUUCAGCCUGUUGGUCAGGUGCCCUGUUAAUGUUAAAAACUGCUGUUUGGACAGCGCCACAGCCAGGGACUGAAUAAAAGGGGAUGGAUGUUGUUGUGCACUCUCAGGAAAAAAAGGUUCUUUGUCUCCGGAGGGGAACCCUUUUUAGUUCUUUGUGGAACCCUCUGAGGUAAAAAGUGUGAAAGCUCCCAGACUGAACCAUACUGUCCAGCAUGGAACCCUCGCACUAGACAGGGUUCCACUAUGGAGACACAGAGGGGCCUUGUGGCAUCCUUUCUUCUGAGAGUGUGGGUGGGUCAUGACUGUGCAUGUGAAGGUUUCCUCCUGCUCUUUAACGAACUGAGGCACCAUUUCCUCUGUACUAUAUCACUGCUUUCAUGUAAGGGGUACAGCAAGGGCGGCCAGUUCCAGUCCGGUAGGGCCAAUGUGUGGGCAGGUUUCCACUGUCACCAGUUACACUGGCUAAAUUAGCUACUCUAAAUGACCAAAGGUAUCUUGACACCCUUUGGUCUGGGACUAUUUUUCACAGUUUUUGGCUUGGCCCCUUAGUUCCAGUGAUGGCCGGUCUUAAUGCCAUUGCAUACAAUCACAUUCUAGAUGAUUCUGUGCUUCCCGAACAGUUUGGGGAAGGCCCUUUCCUGUUUCAGCAUGACAAUGCCUCCAGACACCAGUCCAUAUAGAAAUGGUUUUUGUUGGAUUGUUUGGAAACCCAACUGCGAGCCAGGCCUAAUCGCCCAAUCAGUGCCCAACCUCACUAAUGCUCAACUGGCUGAAUGGAAGCAAAUCCCCGCAACGAAGCUCUGAGACACAGCAAAAUGUUGCCUGGAGCCAUGACCUUUCAGGGCAAGCGGGGUAAAGAAGACAUCAAACAGAUAUGCCUACUGAUCUCUGUGCAAAAAAAACAAAAAAGAUAUGUUCAGAGGUAUCUCCUGCUGUGGGCCACCUCAACCACGUUCUGCUUGCCUGGCUUUAAAUAGCAUCGCAUGUUCACAAUGUUACAUGGGUCCUGGAUCUUAAUGCACUUUGCCAUUAGUCUGAAAGCUCUACUCCAGGGCUGCCCAACCCUGUUCCUGGAGAUCUACCGUCCUGUAGGUGUUCACUCCAACCCUAACAAAGCCACACUUCAUUCUAGAGCAGGGCUUCCAAACCCUCUUCCUGGAGAUAUACCUUCCUGCAUGUUUUCAUUUAAACCCCAAUUUGGCACUCCUGAUUCUACUGAUUGGCAUAUCUAGAAGAUCAACAAGAUUUCCAGGAGCAGGGUUGGGCAGCUCUGCUCUAGCUGUUGAAUGAGGUGCGCUUUGUUAGGUUUGGAGUGAAAACCUGCAGGAUGGUAGAUCUACAGGAACAGGGUUGGGCAGCCCUGCUCUAUUGAACUCCAUAGCAAAGUGUUUUGGCCUCAAAUUUAGCACAUUUGUGGAGAAAGUUGUUUUAAAAUGUUUCUUACACCUGAGUAUCUGUUCAACUGAAAUUAUCACCACACUGCAUAUUUCAUUUAGCAGAAACCCCUAUCCAGUCUGACUAGGACUUGUCAAAAAGGCUGCAUGAGACACUGGAAGCUGGCACAUGCUUACAUGUGCUACUCCAAGUUUAAGGCCAAGUGGUUAUAGUACAUAGAGGCGAUGAUGUAACAUUUUGCAUUAUUAAAAAGCCAAAGGGAAUCAUCACUUUCAUCAUUACAUCAAAGCUUCUAUCUUACCUGAAUGUAUGGCCAGAUUUGACUGAAAUGUAUUUGUUACAUUUAGCCAAGAAGGGAGCCAUGUAUAACAUUAUAAAUAUACAAAAUGUGUGAAGAAUGUUCUAUUGUUCAAGUGCUUUUAAUUACGUUGUGUUCGUGCCAGAUUUUAUUGAUAAUUGACUGUUGUUUUUACAGUGUUAUUUUGCCAAAAAGAGUUGGCUCAUGCCGAUAUGUUCAUAUUUCUAUUUCUGUCUAGAUUCUUUGGAAGUUAGCGCACUUAAACAAAGCCCACUCUGCUAUCUGCUGUGUUUUAGCGUAUGAGCGAAUUAAUUUGUGAAAUGUAAAGUUCAAUAAAGUUUCAAAGG